GUCGGAGCAGUCGGCGCCACUGUCCACAUGUCGUCUUCUGAUCAGCCCUCCUUUGUCCCCCUCGGACAGCGGGCUAGGGGAGCGUAUUGCGAGGCGCUAAUGGAGACCCGUCAUUUGGCGGCCAUAUCGUGGUCGGAUCGGGGGGCUUGCUGAUCUGAGGCUGCUGCCGCUGCCUUGUGGGAGGAUUCGCGUCUUUGAACAGCACCGCCAUCUGCUCAGCCCCUUGGACUACACACUCUCUUCAUCCUUUCCCGAAGCUGAGAAUAGCACCAAGUCUGACAACACUGCCUGUCCUGCGUUGAACAUAGGUCGUUGUUGGAUUUUUACUCAUGGAUAAUUGAACAAUUGCUCUUUGCCAAAGACACCUUCUUUCUUCUUGUCGCUGUUUUCUAAUUUCCCGGCCCUCCUAUUUCUAGACCUGACCUACCUAGUCCAAGAGCUCCAAGCAUACAUGCUGGAUCAGCACUAAUUCUUUCCCGACGUCAUCAUGGGCAUACGCGACGUUCUCAAGAAGAAGGAGAAACUCGACAACGGCGAGCACAGCAGCAAGGAUGCAGUAGACAGGCUGGCGGCCCCCGAGUUCAAAUUCAUUCGAUCAGACACACACACACAAGAGGUCAUCCACCCCCCGAGCGGGCCCCCGGGCUUCGACGACGGCAAGGAACACUACCUAAACCCGAACGGCAACGACGGCGGCAGCGGCCAGAAGCCCCGGCGCAGCCUCGACGUCUUCUUCGGCAACAGCCGCUCGCGCAGCGCGUCCGCCUCCUCGCAGGCGAGCUCGACCUCAAACUCCCACUCGAACAACAAUGGCAAGAUUGGGAGACGGCUAUCGGAGCGGCUGCACCUCAGCCGCUCGCCCGCCUCGUCAGAAAACGUCCCGCAGAACCUACCCGACAUCGUGACCACGGCCGAGGGCGGCGAGGGGGACGAGCUGCAGUGGGAGAAGCGCGCGACCAUGCUGGCUUCGGCGAAUAAGAGCAGGCCCGCGACGCCGUUGGCGAACGACGCGGGUGGUGGGGGUGAUAUGGCGAGGGGCAGGACGCAGGGCGCAGCGGUCUCGUCCCCGGCCAUUGACGAGGAUAUUCAGGAGGCUAUCCGGCUGCACGAGGCGGGAGACUUCGAGAACUCGACGGCCAUGUUCGCCCGCCUGGCUGACCCGAAAGGGGCGAAUAACACCCUGAGCCAGUUCCUAUACGGUCUUUCUUUGAGACACGGAUGGGGUUGCGAACCAGACCCAGAAGGGGCCAUCAAGUAUCUCUCGGCGGCGGCGUCGAAUGCGGCAACCGUCGAGCAGAUGGCGUUGAAGGCAGGGCUCAAAAAGGGUGGUGCUGCCAAGGGCGAGCUCGUUCUGGCCAUAUUCGAGCUGGCGAAUUCCUUUCGACACGGUUGGGGCACAGCCAAGGACCCAAUAGCGGCAAAGCAGUACUAUGAGACUGCGGCGAACCUUGGAGAUGCUGAUGCCAUGAACGAGGUAGCCUGGUGCUAUGUAGAAGGCUUCGGAUGUAAAAAGGACAAGUUCGCAGCAGCCCGUUACUACCGGUUGGCUGAAAAGAACGGCAACAAAACACUAGGCAAUUCAUGGAUCUGGAAGGAAAAGUAUGACCCAGACGCUGGAGAUAAGAAGAAGAAGUAGAGACAAGGAGGCAGAAAGUCACGGAACGGGGGAAGCCAAGUGUGUGCAUGAGAUGACCGAACCACCGGUGACACGGCAUCACAUACUCGAAACGGGUGGCACGUUCCGGUUCGGCAGUCCCGCUCAGCUUCUACCCGGCGGUCACACUUCCUCCCCCUCUCUCUGUCCUUUCCUGUCGCGGUGUCACCCAAUGUGCGAGAUCGUGACACGAGGCUUCGGCCGUUCCUUGGGGCAUCCUGAUUGUGUGGCCGAAGCACAGCGACGAUGUCGAAAGGAGGGGAAGAGAGAAAUGGGGACACAAAACAUGAGUCCCUGUGUCAGCCUUUCCGUUGAUAAGUUUAUGUUUUCAUCCUCUUACCCCUCUCCUGAGCGUCCACACAUGGUGGGAUAGGGGUACCACGACGAUCUCAUCAGGCGGGACAAAGUGCGUACGGCGACAAAUAGACCCAGGUACCCCAUGUGGGAAACGACGAUUUGUCGACGUGCUCACGCUGUGCGCCGUCGGACGGGCGAAACCUUUGGGUCUCGCGAGCGUGGGGAAAGCAGAGAAGCUGGCUCCCAGCGAGACAGGGAAAGGGGGAGAGCAAGCUGUUCUGGUCCUCUCGUGAAGUCUUUGCCUCGUCUCCAAUAUGUCGUUGAGAUGGACUUGCAGGUCAAGCACCUGUGCUCUAUAUGGGAGACACGGAGCUUAUGGCCCAUGUUUAUGCCUACAGCAAGUUUCUGGCUACCGUCGCAAAGGCUCAUACUGUCCUUUUGCUUUAUUAUUUUAUUGUUCUACAUACCCCGCACUAUCAUCAUAGGCAAUCAUAUUUCAAGAAAAAAGCGAUUGCAUUCUAUUCAAUGAGAUCUCAUCGGCC